CUAAUUCACAUCCACGGUUUGUGGCGUACACCAGACCUGAAGUCACUUUCUCAGGUGGAGUUUGCCAUCGAGCUCUUGACAGACUCUAUAUUAUAUAUAAAUAAUCUAUUCAACAUGUUGCUUUCCUUCUCCCGUACUUAGUAUACGCCUCUUGUUUUAGUCCUAAAAUUAACAAGCGCACAACCACAAUGGGAAAAAAGGACAACAAUGCCAUUAGGCGUCAAGACCAACACCCACCGCGGUAUACUCUAAACCCUUUUCUCGUGGCUAUGGGGUUUAUGAAUCCUUUACGCGCUCAUCCGCCAUCAAGACACCCAAGGACACUAUGGCCUGAACCUAUGCACCUGCCUCGAACUACGAGCAGGCAGGUAAAAGAAGGCUUGGACACUAUAAAUGUCAAGGACGAUAUACCGAAUAGCGCACAAACAGAAACUACUAUAGACUCAAACAAUAGUCCCAGCGGCGGGUCUCCUAUUUGCCACAAUGCCCCUUCUAAGGAUACCCCUCCACCACUGCAUCAUUACAACUCUUCUAGCCUACGUGCCGCCGAUUGGAGAUCAUUCCCGCCAGAAGUUGUUCCAAGGUUUGAUCUGGCAAGCUCUACAACACUACCUGAGGAAAAAUUACCGGAUAUUGAAAGACUUACUAACAAGUAUAUUACACAGUCCGUAACUUUUCGAAGGUGGGUGGAACAGAAGAACAAGGAACUAGACUCGCUUGGCAGUAUGGAACAACAUCACGAGAAGAUCGAAGACGAAGUAUUGGCCGAUGGUACGCUAACUAAAGCCGAGAAAAGACAAGAAGGCAUUCACGAAAUCCAAGAGACCUAUGCUGCACUUGUGGAUAUCGAGACCAUCGAAGCUGAAGUAUCCGCCCGCCGUCAUGCUUCAGAAACCUUACAGCGUCAGCGAAGAUUGCCGUUGACAGCAGUUAAGCGCCUGUUGGGAUCGGAUGGAUCAUCAUUCAAUAAUUCUGGCGUGCCCAAAGAGAAGCACUUAUACAUCGUCGGCUCGCCCCAAAAUUUGGUCAGACUUCCUUUCGACCAGGCCGUAGAUGCUGGUCUUGAAGUUAUUCAUCCUCCUAGACAGCAUGCGUCUCCAGAUUUACCUGGCACUCUUCAAACGCUGUCGCCUCCCCCACAAGAAUCUACAUCGGGCGCGCCCUCCUCCUUUGGGCCCUCUACGAGUCCAAGACGCAACCUCCAUAUUCCAGAAUGGUUCGAGCAUUUCAAAAUGCCCCUAAAAGGAAGAAAUCGCGAAGCUAGAUGGAACGAUCUAAUGAACCGUAUCUACACGCUGGAGACAAAAAUCAGACAUGAUAGCAACGACGAAGCAUCGGGAAGGUCGCCCUGGGACAAGAAGUGGCACGAACCUAGCAACAAGUGGCCCUUCGCCCACCGGCGGGAGCACGGCGGCUGGUGGAAAUGCAGAUCCGGCCGCGACGCCCCGGAGGCAGAGAAGAAAUGCGGGUUAUGUCACGGUCAGACCGAAGCCCCGGGGCAGACGGCGAAAAAACGCAGCGCAAAGGAGAAACUCGACGAGCUCCAGAGCGCUAUAGAUGAGGCGAUGGCCGUAGUUGGCGAGAGCGAUAAGGCUAUUGCAUUGGAGAUGCUGCGCUAAGGAAAUACCUUCCCUCAGGGUGGAGGAUGGUGUUAUUAUGUAGCGUCAUCUAAUGGCGUGGAAGUAAUGGGUGAUGCUCCUUCGUUGUCGGUUUUGUAUAUGAAGCCUCCGCUAGGAAAGGACUGGCUAUGACUUCAUAACAUCACCUAGGCUCUCUUAUUGCCAAUGUCGUUUUUGGCGUUUGAGGGUAUCAUAAUGGCGCUGGCGAAUUUCUAUUUCCAUGGCAGCAUAGGUCUAUUAUUGGUGUCUAGGGGUAGGAUACUGGCGUAGAUAUGGUUGGCCUUGGGAGAUACGGAUAUUAGUAGACGUAUAUUUUAGAUGGUAUACUAAUUUGCACCUCGCUUCACUUAGAAACAUAGGAUUCAUUAUGAAAUGAUGCUAAAUUAGGCGUAUACUCUUAAAGUACCGUGUUAUCA